AUGUCCACUGCUACGCUGUCACUUACUUCGACCCUCGUCCUCGCUCUUACACAGAGCGAAGCUCUUCAACGGCAGCUUGAUAGCAGUAAUAGGACCAUCGAGCGUCUGAAAGACGAAAACGAAAGACUCAAGCGCGAGAUUCAGGAAUUACGACAGGCACAGGCAGGUAAACAAAAUGCAGGGCCAGAGAUUGUGGCCCAGCUGGACCAACUAUUCCGGAAAGAUGCAGAGAAGCAAGCAGAGAUUGACAGUCUGAAGAAUCAGCUCCGUAAGGAGAAAAGACGCUCACAGAAUCGACAUCUCUCAUCUCCCAUUGUGUCGGGCGAAGAGCAAACUCCAAAGAGCUCCGGUCGAAAACGUCAAAGAGUCCACAGUGUAGAGAAGAUAGAACCACUGCAAGAAAUUGAACUCAACGUACCUUUAGGCGGCCGUUCUGUCCAAGGACAAAAUCCCACGGGAUUGAGUGAGCGAGGCGCGGAGGCAAUCUCGUCUCUCGCAGAGGAUGGCAUUGAUCACAACCGAGAAGAUACGGGAAAUCCAUCGGAGAAGAAGGCUCAUCCAAAGACUUCGCCCCGUCAACGGCUGCAGGCAUUGCUAACAGCACCGACCCCUCCUACUCCUGUUCCACCUCAUUCCCAUUCAGCCAGGAAGCCUCCUGCUACAAGCAGAGUAUCAGAGAAGAAAGAGCCACUCCGUUCACGGCCAGCCGUUCGGCUUGAUCUCUCUGAUUUCAAGGUCAAUCCUAAAUACACAGGAGGCCUUGAUUACGCAUUCCAAGAGGUUGUCCGCAACAAGGAAGCGAGGAAGUGCCUACCAAAUUGUACGCGACCAGAAUGCUGUGGUGCAAACUUCAGGGUUUUGGCGGAGACACUACCCCCUGAUCCUAAUGUCUCAGAAGACGACCUGUUGCGUGAUUUUCUCGGCUCUGGGUCAGGGGACAAGAUUCGUUCACUGACGCCCUUGGCGAGAGCGAAUCUAGUGCAUGAGGCUCGAGCAAAUCUACUUGCGAAAGAGUAUGGAAGGAUGCACCGAGCAAACUUUGCGCCACCGUCUACGCCUCCAGGAUUUUGGGAUGUCGAUAUUCCUUCCACACAGGAGCAACAAGAGAAUCAGGAACAGGCACGGCAGAGACAGAGGGACGAGGUCGAGAAGCGGUAUCAAGAGGCGCUCAAGGGCGGACGUUGGGUCUUCGCAGAUGAAUGA